AUAGAACCGGGUGAGUCGGGCCGCGGAGUUCAGUCGCUGGCAGACAGUGCGUGUAGGUGCGUGUCCUACCGCCCUCUCCACCACACCACCACCACCACCACCAGCCUCCACCACCACCACCACACACUGCCCUCCGCCAGCCACCACCAGCCUUCACCCUCUCAUGCCCACCCACUCUGCCCUCUCUGCCGCCCUCUCGCCUCUGUUGGAGUGUUUCUUCUACUAGCACAAGAAGCUGCGGAAGCAAGACGCGCCUUGAAGUCUCUCUCUCCCUCCCCUCUCCCUGCCCCGAGGCACCGAGCCGCCACGUGCUUGCCUGCCUCUCCUGCACGCGUCCUCGUCGUCGCCACCACCACCACCAACGCAACACCGCUAGUACCGCCCCUUCCUCUUCCUCGUUCUACUUCAUCUCCUCCUCUCUCUCCAGCUCCAACACCUACUCCUCCACCACAGACUACUUUUCAAUACUCUCUCUGUGUGUCUGUCUGUCUGUCUGUCUGUCUCUCUCUCUCUCUCUCUCUCUCUCUCUCUCUCUCUCUUCACAACUUUUCUCGCUCGCCAAGUGAUCGCCAGCUGGAAGGAGAACUCCCCCAGCACGGCCUGACUGACUGACUGACUGUUUGGGUGUCUGACAGCGCCGGUCGGUCAGCUAGUUCAAGCUCCUCGGCUGCACCUUCUCAGUGUAGACAGGCAGAGUGGAAGCAGUCGUGCCGCUGCGGUAACUCCACCCUUUUUUGUUGCCGCUGUCACCACCAGAACACCACAGCGGCGCCGAGGGUGUGGGUCAGCUCGCCAGUGCUCGGCUGUGGCUGUGAGUGUGUGCGUGUGUGUAUCUCUCCGUGUGUCUCUGUGUGUGUUUGUGUGAGUGUGUGCGAGUGCGUGUUUGUUUGUUUGUUGUGUGUGUGUGUGUGUGUGUGUGUGUGUGUGUGUGUGUGUGUGUAUCAGCUGGACCGUCGGCUGCGGGGAGUUGCCGUGACCUUGACCGUGGAACAGGACAACUGCGGCCCCGCCCACAGCUUACUACUACUACCACCAUUACCACGUGCACCACCUGUCCCCUCUCUCCUCCUCCCCUUUAACCUCCUCACCACUCCCUCCCUCCCACUAUCCCUGAGGCACGGUCUGAGUGCCUCCACCGCGGAGAUCCUAUCAGCCUCCAGCGUCUCAUCUCCGAGGCCCACACGGCGGACAGUUGGAUAAGAGGAGCAGCGUGGUGAGCGGCAGCGGGACUGUCGGGACGCACGGAGCUGUGAGGGCACGACGAGUUGGUGUCAUGGGUGUGAGGAUGAUGGGGCUGGCGGUGAGAGCGGGGCUGUUGGCGGGGGUCAUCCUGGCAGGCUGCUCACAAGGCAGCGCAGUGUGCACGGUGACAGAGUACGAGCAGGGCGAAGUGUGGCAUCCGAGGCUCCAAAACUCAGAGGGCAACUACUGUGUUACCUGUCGCUGCCUCAAGGAGGGCGAUGGCUACCACUACAACUGCACGAGUGAGCCCUGCCCCGAGGACUGCACGGGCGCGCCCAACGAGGGGGAAUGCUGCUCUAUAUGUUCAGAAUCUGCAAAUAGAAACAACAACGGAGGCCCUGCAUCUUCUCCCUCCUCUUCAUCACCCUUAGCUUCCCCUUCCUCCUCUUCCUCUUCCUCCUCUUCCUCCUCUUCCUCUUCUUACUCCUACCGCUCAACGGACGGGAACGGCGGAGAGGGAAGCCUGCCCGUGGACACCUCAGCGGGGCUCUUCGGGGAGACAGUGACGCCGACGCGGGUGUGUGUGGUGGAUGGCAUGAUGUAUAACCACGGGGACACCUUUUCCGCCAACUACAGCCGCGGCGACCACGAGAAAUGUCAACACUGCUUCUGUAACGAUGGCAUGGCCCAGUGUCGUACCAAGGUGUGCCCUCCCGUCUCCUGCUCCUCUCCCAUCUACAUCAGGAAGGAUUGCUGCCGCGUGUGUCGGGACGAUUCCACCGAGCUCGACUGGGACACCAUGGUUUCCUUCAGCGACCCGUCAGCGCCCAAGGGAACAGCGGACCAUGAUUGCAAGAUCGGCGGGCGGUACUUCGUGAACGGCUCCAUCUGGCACCCGGUGAUCGGCCCCUUCGGCGAGAUGGACUGUGUGCUGUGCAAGUGUCUCAACCGCCGGAUUGACUGCUCCCGCCUCAAGUGUCCCAGCCGCGAUAAGCUACAGUGCACCAAGCCUGUCAAGGUCGCCGGACAGUGCUGCCCCGUGUGCCCUCUGACCCUCAUGACCAGCACCGCGCCCCAGCCCUCCGGCAGCACAGUCAGGUGCCUCAACGAGCGAGUCCAACAGGCCGUGUGGAAGAACGUGGGUGCAGGCAGCAACUCCGGCGUCCUGCACUACGUGUUUGAGCCGGUGGGUAGCAGGGGCAUGCCGAGCGCCAUCCUGCACAUGCACCGAAUGAUCCUGCGCAGCGGUAACCUGGAGAACCUGGACAUUUACGACAUCACAAGGGAUGAGUUCAGAAACCUGCGCUCCACCUACACCUUCUCCCUCUUCGGCGGUACCACCAACAAGCUGAUGAACAAGUUUAAGAACAGGGAGCAGAAGAUCGACCGGCGCUGCAAGAGGAACAGCCGCUGCUCUAUCAAGGUGGCAAACAUGGACAGGAUGCUGAAGGUGCGGCCGGCGACGCUGAGGGUGCGCUGUGCCCGGGGAGAGAAGGAGAUCUGAGAGGGAGGCGGCGACUAGGGCGGCGGUGGAGGAGGAGGCGUGACGGUCCGGUCCUCCUCCACCUCCACCACCACAGCACCACAACCACCACCCUUCACUCUCCCAGCUUUGGGGGGAAGGAAAUGACGACCACUACCACCACCACAACCACCACCACCACUAACACCUCUGCUAUGGCGGCGCCAUAUUCUACUAGCGGCGAUAGUGAUGGCGGCGUUAGUGACCUGAAGCAGUAGCAGGAGGAGGAGGAGGAGGAGGAGGAGGAGGAGGAGGAGGAGGAGGAGGAGGAGGAGCCAUGGGGUAGACGAGAUGAUGAUGGAGCAGGAGGAGGAGGAAGAGGAGGAAGAGGAGGAGGAUACGCGUGACCUACUACUACUACAAACUACUACUACUACUACUAUUACUACUACUACUACUACUACUACUACUACUAAAAAGCUAGGUCAAUGUGGUGGCGAGAUGACAUGUUUUCAGUCUCCUGCAGACAAGGAAGGAAGGGAAAGGAGGAAAUGAAGGAAGGAAGGAAGGAAGGAAGGAAGGAUAUAGAAGAAAAUGUAGUAAACAAAAGUGAUGAGAACAGUCAUUACACUUCGGGAAGAUAACAGAGGAACGGGCACUCACUAUCAUCACCACCACCACCACCACCACCACCACCGACAGAACCACGAACACAACAAAAACAUUGCUACUACCUUUAUCACAACAAGAACAACUACUACUACUACUACUACUACUACUACUACUACUAGUUCUAUUACUAUUACUACUACUACUACACUUUCGCCAGAGCCUUACACCACCAAACAACAACAACAACAACAACAAUAAAGAGCAGAUGAUCAUGGUGGUGACACUGAAUAACAAUAAUGAUGAUGAUGAUGAUAUUAAUAAUAUUAAUAAUAAUAAUAAUAAUAAUAAUAAUAACAAUAAUAAUAAUAAUAAUAAUAAUAAUAAUAAUAAUAAUAAUAAUAAUAACAAUAAACAACAGUAAUAAUAACAAUAAUAAUAACAUAUGUGCCUGUAGAAUACAAAGGAAUACGAAGGAAAGCCAAACUGCAACAGACCUUUUGGUCCUUGCAAGGCUGUUUGGUAACUACUUCUAACUAACUACAGGGAAGAGAGACAGGACAGCAUAGGAGAAGGCUAGAAGACUGAGGAGGAGGAGGAGGAGGAGGAGGAGGAGGAGGAGGAGGAGGAGGAGGAGGAGGAGGAGGAGGAGGAGAAGAAGGAGAAGGAGAAGGAGAAGGAGAAGGAGGAGAAGGAGAAGGAGAAGAAGAAGAAGAAGAAGAAGAGGAAAAAGAAGAAGAAGAAGAAGAAGAAGAAGAAGAAGAAGAAGAAGAAGAAGAAGAAGAAGAAGAAGAAGAAGAAGAAGAAGAAGAAGAAGAAGAAGAAGAAGAAGAAGAAGAAGAAGAAGAAGAAGAAGAAGAAGAAGAAGAAGAAGAAGAAAUGAAGAAGAAAACAAGGAGGAGGAGGGUAACAAAAGGAGGUAAGGGAGCUGGAGGAAAAAAGAGAUGGCGCAGGAAUAGAAGCAAAAGAGGCUGAUGAGGCAAAGGGAUAAAGGAGGAGGAGGAGGAGGAGGAGAAGGAAGAGAAAUAAGAAUGGAAAGAGGAAGCAGAGACAGGAGUAACAAGAAUCAGUACACCGUGUAAUCGCGUGUGUGAGAGAAUAAAAGAAGGAAGAUCAUAAAAAUACACAAGAAAAUGUGACUGUAACUGUAGAGGAGAAAAGAGGAAAAGAGAGAGACACAUACGGACCUCAAGUAGUGCUGAAAAUAAAAGUAAAAAAAAAUUAGAGAAAAUGUAAAGAAAAGAGAAAAUAUAAGAAAGACAGUUUAUGCUUUCCAAGGACAGCAAGACAGGCAGAGAGACAGACUUGAUCUCGUGGCUGAAACAUGAAAAAAUAUGAGAAAAGAAAGAAAGAAAAGAAAAUAGAACUUGGGACUUGAAUGUUGCAGAAAAUUUAUGGAAAAUUCUAUACAAAAAUAUUGGAAAAUUGAACAAAAAAAGUUAGGAGAAAAAGAAAAUUAGUGCAAAACAAUAAUAAUUAAUAAAUGGUCUUGUUAAAAUCAAGAAAAAUGUGAAAAAUGAAGCGAGAAAUGACUCAAGUGAGAAAAUUUCAAAUGAGAAAUAAAAAAAAAAGCUAGAGCAAAUGAAUAAAAGAUUACGUGUACUGAAAAAAAAAAAAACUUGCAAGGAGUGAAGAGAAAGAGGAGAAAAUAAAAGAAAGGAAACGGAAAGAAAGGAAUGAAGGAAGGGGACAUGUAUGGAAAGAGAUAUACGUGUAUGGUGCAGGAAAGAAAAAAAAAAAAAAGGUAAAAAAAUGUAGAAAUAAAAAUAAGUGCGGCAAGAAAGAGGAGAAGAAAAGGAGGAAAGAAAAGGAGAUAUAUGGAAGAGAUAAGGAGAAAGAUAAACAUGUAAACAGACACACAGACUGAUAGAUAGACCGGAGAGUGUCGCCGACCGCCCACGCUAUGUACCUCCCCCCAUCAUCCCUCCCUCCCCCUCUCCCUUACUACCCCAUGAGUGGAGGAAGGAAGAGAGUAAAUGAGGAAAAAAGGAGGAGGAGGAGAAAAGAAUUUGUUGUAAAGUUGAUCACGAAGAAGAAAAAAUAAAUAUUUAAAGAUGGUAUAAUAAUUCUUCUAGAUGUUGUUCUUGUUAUUUUUUGUUCUUUCCAAUAUGUAUUCUCUCUCUCUCUCUCUCUCUCUCUCUCUCUCUCUCUCUCUCUCUCUCUCUCUCUCUCUCUCUCUCUCUUGAAGCGAGGAGGAAAUAGUUUUUUUUUUGUCAACAUGUAUUGUGUGUGUGUGUGUGUGUGUGUGUGUGUGUGUGUGUGUGUGUGUGUGUGUGUGUGUGUGUGUGUGUGUGUGUGUGUGUGUGUGUGUGUUCCUAAGAUUUGUUCAUUGGAGUGUCAGUUGUACUUUUGUUUUCAUAGCUCUAUCUGAUUAUAUUUUUACACUUCUAGACUGUGUGUAUGUGUGUGUGUGUGUGUGUGUGUGUGUGUGUGUGUGUGUGUGUGUGUGUGUGUGUGUGUGUGUGUGUGUGUGUGUGUGUGUGUGUGUGUA